GUUUGUGUACAGCGGGUCUAGGGAGCGCGAGUGGCUGGCAGGACUUUCUCCGCACGGGGGGCUUUCGCUGGAAGCGGUAGACCCGACUGUCGUUUUCGGCAGGUGUUUGAGUGAGGACGUCUUAAUAGGGGAUUUCUCUGCGCGUUUUCAGGUUGCAGUACCCGCAGUCUUGCGUGCAAUGACUACAGACGCUGAGAUUCCAUUUCCAGGCUUUUUGGAUCGGGCCGUGCCAACUCGCUGGGGAGGCGGGCUGCGUGCUAUAUCAAAAAAAGUGCGUUUUUUGUUUUCACUACCUCAUAGCAGACUCAUGGAGCCUCCGAUCAAGGUGGGUAUUAUAUGCACUCUGAGGGGUCCGGAGUAUACAUUGGAGAGUUGGAUUGUGUGGCAUUUGCACGUUGGAAUCAGGUUUUUUUAUUUGUUUUUCGACGAUCCAGAAGAUGCGUCUAUCGAAAUCGCGAUGAGGUAUCAAAGUCACGCAACGAUUCGAGUGUAUCGUCCGUUAACAGAUGUGGAGCAUUUUUACCGUCCCCUCGCUUCCUUUGAAACGUUUCAUCACAUAUAUGAGACCGAGGUUCCGGUUCGCCAGCAGCUCAACGCGGAAUACGCUAUCGAGCGAGCGGUUUCGGAUGCGGUGGACUGGGUUUUGCAUCUCGACUCAGACGAGCUGUUUUAUGUUUUUCCCCCGUGCACGUUACAGACGCAUUUUUCCUCGCUGAAGGGCCUCGACUCUUUUACCUACUUGAAUUUUGAGGGCGUCCCGGACAGCGAGCGGAUUGGCGAUUACUUUUCAUGCGUGACGCUGUUUAGGAGGCACAUAAGCUCGAUUGAGUUUAAUCAGGUGACUUCUCGGGCGGUGCUUUUUUGGACCUCUAGAACGACUAGGGGGCAGUACAUGAUAUCGUACGACAACGGGAAGUCGUCGGCUCGCGUGCGGCGCGGCCUUCGUCCCUCUGGCGUGCACGGGUGGAAGAGCACACGCUCUCGCGACAGGUCAAAGACGUCCAUUUUGGACGCGAAGAGCCUCGACAUGAGCCGGUUCCGCUUUGACGACAGGGCGGUUGUUUUGCAUUAUGUUGUUUGUGGGUUGUACUGGUACAUCAAGAAGUACCGAACGCUGGACGCGUUUCCCAACGCGUGGUACGGCGGCAAGCUGUUGAUUCCGCCCUGCUUUCAUUUGGACAGUCGCGACGCCUUCUUGAACGGCGAUUACGAGGCAAUGAGGAGGCUGUACGUGAGCCAGGUCAUGUUGGACAAGGCGGAGGUGAUAGAGGAGCAGUUGAAGGCGAGUGUGUGUUGCAGAAUUAUUGGCGUUCGAGAGGGUAUUGCGGAGGAGUACCAGAGGCUGUGGAAGGAGGUGUACAGGCCCGUUUUAGUAUCGGAGAUGACGGGUCCGCAUAGCAUGGACAGAGGGGGAAAGGUAGAGAGGUCCGCGGACGGCAGAGAGUCGAAAGUCAAUACGCUCAGCAUGGAGAAGAAUUGGAUUAUUUCGUCGUUGGUGCUGAAGUUUGUUUUGAACGUCGAGGAAGGUUCUCAGGCGAGUUAUCGUCCUCGAAACUGAGCGAGGUGGGGGCGUGU